GUGCUCCGGGUCCGGGUGUUCCGGGUGUCUCCGGGUGUUCCGGGCCCGGGUGUUGCGGGUGCUCCGGGUGCUCCGGGUGCUCCGGGUGUUCUGGGUGUUCCCGGUGAGUGGCACGGUGGGCCUCGUGCUCCGAGUGCUCUGGCUGCUCCGGAUGCUCUGGGUGCUCUGGGUGCUCCGGGUGCUCCGGGUGCUCUGGGUGCUCCAGGUGCUCCGGGUGGGCCUCGUGCUCCCGAUCACCCGUAUCAGCCAGAUCACCGGGUCAGCUGGCCGGAGCACCAGAGCAGGUGCCUUGCAUGGGUGCUCUGGGGAUCCCCGUGCUCUGGCUCCGGGUGCUCUGGAUGCUCCGGGUGUUUGGGUGCUCCGGGUGCUCCGGGUGUUCCCGGUGUCCUGGUUGCUCUGGGUGUUCUGGGUGUUCUGGGUGGCACGGGUGGGCCUCGUGCUCAGGGUGCUCUGGGUGCUCCAGGUGCUCCGGGUGCUCUGGUGGGUGGCCCGGGUGCUCCUGGUGUUCCGGGUGCUCCUGGUGCUCCAGGUGCUCCGGCUGCUCUGGGUGGUCCGGGUGCUCUGGAUGUUCUGGGUGCUCCGGGUGCUCCAGGUGUCCCAGGUGCUCCGAGUGUCCCGGCUGCGGCCAGAGAAGAGACUCCUCACCUCCCCAGACCCCCCCUUCCCGUAA